GCGCAGGACCCGGAAGUGGCGGAGCAGCCAUGGGGGACGGGACCGGGAGCGAGCGGAGAGUCCGGAUAGUGGUGGAGUAUUGUGAGCCCUGCGGCUUCGGCCCCACAUACCAGGAGCUGGCGAGCGCCGUGCGGGAGGAGUAUCCGGACAUCGAGAUCGAGUCCCGGUUGGGGGGCACCGGUGCCUUCGAGAUCGAGAUCAACGGGACCCUCGUGUUCUCCAAGCUGGAGAACGGCGGCUUCCCCUAUGAGAAGGAUCUCAUCGAAGCCAUUCGCAGGGCAAGGAAUGGGGAACCCCUGGAGAAGAUCACCAACAGCCGCCCCCCCUGCUGCAUCCUCUAGCCCCACAUCCAGCCGGGACUGCCCCAUGGCAUCGGUGCCCCCCUGCUCCGCGCAUCGACACCUUCCAUAGCUCCCUGUGGGGCUGGGAAUGCCAUGGGGAGCUGCAGGAACCUCCUUGUUCCCAGUGGGGCACUGGGGGGGGUGAGAGCUGUGGUACCUGCUGUGGGUCACAUCCCUGCUGUGGGUCACAUCCCUGCUGUG